UCAAGAAGGCAAACAACAAGAAUAGACGUACAGAUGACAAAGAUCAUCAAAACAACUUCGACCACUGAAAAUUAAACAAGUAGUUCUUUAACUUAUUAUUAUUAUUAAGAAAUAUCAAAGUUUUAGUUGGUUUCUCUACAAAGAGCGCGAAAACUGUGAACUGAACAUUAUUUAAAAGGCAGGAAAAUCAAGAAAGUUUCCUGAGCAAUCACCAUAUAUUAUUUAUUUAAUACAAUUCAUCAUAAACUAGAAUAAGUUGAAACAUUUUUGAACUCGAACAAAAACACUGUUUUGUUGUGACAUAUAUUACUUUGGAUAAUGAUGAAUCUAUUGGGACGCCCGGACAUUGAAGCUGGUGAAGUUUUUGUUAAUUUCAAUCAAAAUGAUACAUCAUUGGCGGUUGCAACACGAUCGGGUUAUAGUUUAUACAGUCUUAGUUCAGUAGAUCUAACAUUGGAUAAAACAUACAGUUGCCAUACGGACGAGAUAUUCCUUAUUGAACGCCUUUUUGAAAGUUCUUUGGUUGCGGUUGUCUCUCAGCGGUCACCACGAAAGCUUAAAGUAUGUCAUUUUAAGAAACAGAGUGAAAUUUGUAAUUACUCAUACUCGAAUACCAUAUUGGCUGUUAAACUAAAUCGGGAACGUCUAAUUGUUUGCCUGGAAGAAAGUUUAUAUAUUCACAAUAUCCAGGAUAUGAAAGUAGUCCAUACGAUACGUGAUACUCCAUGCAAUCCAAAUGGUCUCUGCGCACUUUCUUCCUCAUCAGAGCACUGUUAUUUGGCCUAUCCGGGAAGCGUCACCUCAGGGGAAGUUCAAAUUUUUGAUGCAAUAAAUUUACAUGCUAAGACCAUGAUACCUGCUCACGAUUCUCCAUUGGCUGCAUUGGCAUUUAGCCCGUCUGGGACUGAGAUCGCUACAGCGAGCGAGCGUGGUACCGUAAUACGCGUCUUUUCAUCUCUUGAUGGCAGCAAGCUGUUCGAAAUGCGUCGUGGUCUCAAGCGUUGCGUGGCGAUUGCAUCGCUCUCAUUUAGUACAUGCGCAAAAUAUUUAGUGUCGAGUUCAAACACGGAAACAGUACAUAUAUUUCGUUUGGAUCGGUCAGCUGCCGAACAGGCUGACUCAAAACGAACAUCGGAUGAUUGGAUGGGUUACUCCUUUUUUAGAUAUCUCAGCAAAACUGUGACCAGCUAUCUGCCCACUCAAGUAACGGAUGUAUUCAGCCAGGGACGAGCAUUUACAUCGGUAACAUUACCGGAGGCUGGUGUUCGCCGUAUGUGUGCAAUCACAACAAUACAAAAACAACUAAGACUUUUGGUGGCUUCACAAGACGGAUACUUAUAUGUCUACUCCAUACCCUCUAUUGAGGGCGGUGAAUGUCAGCUUAUUAAGAAGCAUGAUAUACGCCUAGACGAUUCUUAUGCAAUGGACAUUAAAGGCAGGAUUUAUUACUAAAUUUUCAUCCACACAUACCACAAUUCCAUUGCUCGCCGUCAUAAUCGAUAACAUAAUCUUAAACACCAUACCAUAUAAUUAGCAUAAAAUAUGAAUAAUGAAUUCAUUUACAUACAUAUUAUUAUUAGUAUAAUAGUGGUACUCAUGAAAACUCACAAAAUCUUACCACGCAAUUCAGUUUUACUCAUUUUCUUAAAAAUUGUGUGAGCGUAAUCAAAAUAAUUAUGUGAUGUUCUGUUAAAAUAGCAGAAAUGCUUAAUCGGAAGAUUGAAGCAUUUAAUUAUAAUGGCCUUAGCUUUAAACAACAGAUCUCAUGAAACUUUCAGCGUUGAUGUUGUGACUCCAUAAUGCAUUGGUGUUGCUGGAGCGACAAUUCUUGUCCAUUUUGGCUAAGCAGAUCCUUCUGUCGUAGUGACGAAUAUGUCACACAUUCUUUUGUUUUGAUUUAAUUUAGUUUUUUUUCGAUUUUACUAAUUGUUAAUAUUGUUUUCAUUUUAUUUUAUUUAUGUAUUUUCCUUUAUUUUGAUCUUUUUUUUAUUUUUACUGCUAUUUUUUUAUUUUACUAUUUUUUUAUUUUGAUUCGUAAACUUGUACUAAUGACAACAGUACAUUUCUUUGGUCUAAAAAAUGAGUAUCGCUGAUAUGGCUGAGUUUUGCUGAGAACCCACUAUUAUUAUUUUAAACUAGGUAAAUUUUUUGUUACAGUUGAUUCGCCACAACCGCUGGGAGGUGCAGGUGCUGGCACAGCUGUUACUGAAGUUAUAAGUGAAGAUGAGUCAUCUAAACAGAGUACAGCCAGUGGAGCCACUUAUGCUUCUGCAGUAAAAGGCGAUGAAAAGGCCGCACA